AUGGAUGAUGGGGGGAAAAAGGUCACCGAUUUUAUGGGCAAUAAAAAGAUAAUCGCGUCACCAAGAAUGAAUGAUAAAUGUCCAAAGAAGCAAGGUAGCGAGCAGCGUAUCGGUAAAAUACCAUGGAAAAUGGAAACAAGAGACACACUCAAGCAAUCAAUUAAUCAGAAAAGACACAGAGAGAUUAAUUUAAUUGUUUUGACAGAACUAACAAGAGGAACGAUGAUAAGAGAUCUUCACGAAUUGCCAAGAGACGACGAAAGAAAGAAAUCCUCUCUUUUGAAAAUCGAGGUCGAAAAAAAGGUGACCUCACCUAUCACCGGUGACAGGAAGGUUAAAUUACAAGGUUUAAUGAGACCUUACGACGGCCAGGACGGUCGUCUCCCCCUUUCUUCGCCCACACGAUACGAGAAACAGUCUGCUAUCGAUCUACCACUGUCAAAUCAAUGUCCCCAAAUUUUAAGAUCAACAACUUACCAAGGAUCCAAACCGUCAACCCUGUCGUCGAAUACGACAGACCGUUAUUAUCGUUACCUUGCGAUUUGUUUGUUGUUAGAUGCUGGCAAUCGAGAAACAAUUGAAUCUCGAGAUCAAGAUACCGAUCGCGUUCCAAGACGAAAUGUUUGGUUUAGACCUCGAGAAAACGGCGGUUAUAUUCAAAUGAUGAGCAGAUUUGGUGUACAAUGA